AUGUUCAUCGUUUACAAACUUCCAUGCAGUUGGAACUGCAAGUCCCACGUGGGCAGCUCCCUUUUUGGCGACGCGCCCCAUAAGCUGGUACAAGGCACCCCUGCUCCGGAUGUUACUCUGCUAGUGGACACAACUUGGACCUAUGAGAUGGCUCUCCAGGGCAUCAAGACGGGAUUCGGCGACUCUAGAAUCGGAAGCGGGGAGGUGUGUGGUGGCCGCGACCUGGCAGCCUUCGUCCUCAUCAUGCUCACCGGUGACUUACUUCGCCUCGUAUUUCCCGUUUACCCUAUUCCGUUUGGAAAGGACAAGGGCUGGGACAAGGUGCUGGGCGGAGCUUUGGCCUUCCGUUCAUGA